AUGGCCGGCAUCGAGAUCGAAACCAGCUACAUCCCCGAGCUCCAGAAGCACUUCGACGAGUACGGCGUCCCGCUCGCCGCACCCGCAUCCCGCACCGUCCGCUGCGCCAUAUGCGCCGAGGACCUCGCCGUCUUCUGGCACGCAAACGAGCACCAUCACGCGUGGACGUACCUUCCUUGCGGCCACAUCUUCGGCUACGAGUGUCUGCGCUCCUGGUUCAAGCCCUCGGCCGGAGGACCGAACCCAGGGUGCCCCAGCUGCCGGAAGAAGAUGGCGCACCGGGGCUGCGGACACCUCGUCGACAUGGAGCCCCGCCAGGCCGGCGACGGCUUCAACAUCCGCUCCGACGUCGCGCCGCUGCUGGCGCCGGGCGAACAGCUGCCCCCGAGGUGCAAGGCGUCUUGUAAACCACUCGCGGCUGAAGCAGGUUCCAGAUGGAUCGGAGUUAAUCGCAUGCUGUACCCGUGGAAUCCUUACAGUCCCAAUCCACCCUCGCAGACCUCCCAUCGUGAUCGAAACACGUAUUCGGCGCAGCAUUCAGCGUGGGAUGACCUCCCGCUACCGAAUACCUCCCAUCAUGGUCCAAACCCGUAUCCGGCGCAAGAUCCGCUGCGCACAUCAGUUUCCUAUCCGCCACCGCAGACCCCCCGUUCUGGUCCUUGGGAUAUGCUGCAGCGUCUGUCUCCGCCGCAGGCCUCCCUUCAUGAUGGUGUGUCUCAUCCGCCGCAUCCGUCCCCGCCGCAGAUUGCGGAAUCAACUCCAACGCUACGACCAUCAACCGGUAGUUCGAACCGCGAUCGGCCGGAGUCACUGGCGGCCGGUAACGUCGCCCCGGAGGACAACAUAUUACCAAGUUUUAGACUAUUGCGCCUUCUUGACGAGCUUGACCAGACAGCAAGAGAUCUUGACGCCUACCGCAACAGACCACCAACACCCCCUAGUCCGCUAGCUGCCGCUCAUAGCGAAGCGCCUCCAUCGGGAGGAGGCCAUGACUCUCCCACCACAGUCGCCUCACCGGCCACUACCGGGCCUGUGCCCAGGCACAGUAUCGCGGAAGAGAGCGACUAA